AACUGACAGACAACAUGUUUAAUGGAUUGGACUGAUUAGAAAUGUAGCAGGAUCCCGCCUCUCUCUACCUCAGUAGGCUGAAAUAAAGAGAAAUACAACAAAAGAAGAGACAGUCAUGUUGAUAUGAACAUUAGAGAAACACAUCAUGGAGAUGAAAUAUGAUACUGGUUAAUCAUUUGGAUUUAUUCACCUCAGCUGACACAUUCAACAGCAGACAGGUUUUUGUCACAGUGUUUUUCACUGUGAACUACAGGAUCUUUGGCUCUGGAACUAAACUGUUUGUAACAGAUGAGCAGGUAGUGAAGCCCGUGGUGAGCUUGUACCCAGCAGCCCACCUGGAGGGGAAGAGCUCCCUGCUGUGUCUGGCCUCAGCCAUGUCUCCUCCUGUGGUCCAGUUCUCCUGGAAAAGACAGAAGAAGAACGGCACGCUGGAGGAUCUGCCCCCUGCUGAGGGAGAGCAGCUGGAGCUCAGAGAGCCGGGACGCACCGCCUCCAUCCUGCUGCUCCAUCAGCAAGAGAACAGCACAGAUAAAUACCGCUGCUACGUCAAGCACGAGGGGGGAACAGUGGAGGCCCAAACAGAACAAGAGCUUCCAGCUCCAGCAGCCUCCUGUCCUCCAGAGAGAGAGCCAGCAGACCUGCCAGCUCUGCAGCAAGCUGACUGUAAGAUCACCUGCUGCCUCUCUGCAUGCUCUGACAGCUCCAAUGUCCUGCUGCAGUUAGGGCUGCAUAUCAGUCUGUUCACUUUCUGCUCAUCAUUGAAGGAUUUAAACAUACACUCCCUGAUUCUGUUAGAGUGUCCCACAGCACAACAAGUCCCACUGAGAGAGCUUUCACUUCACAGGCUGACAAAUAACACCUUUUGGGGGCGCUAUACUCAGUUUUAGGCCUCCAGGGUGAUAGAACAAGUUUAGGGAGUAUAUCUUAAAGCUCCACUAAUCAAUAGUUUUAUA